AUGCAAUUUGAAAAAUUAGCCUUUUUCAAUAGAUUCGGAUGUCAGAAAUUACAGCAAUUGUUUGCAAUUAUUCUUGCUUAUCUCUUUACUCCGUUGAUUCUUGUCAUUUUGAAUUUCUUAUAUAUCUAUCAUUGUCUGAUCGAAAUCAUUUUAAGAAUACAAUUCAAAGAUAAGUUUAUUGGUUUUUUGAAAGGCACAGAUUGUGUAUGGGCUAAUGAAGAAGCUGUUUAUUUUUCCGUUAUUAAUAUUUUAAUAAUAAUAGAAAAAACCGAGCAAAACUCAAACGUGAUUUUUUUAGAAGGUUUGAAGAAUCUAAUACAUGAUCGUAUAAUUUCAAAGGCUACUGGUACAAUAUUUGAAAAAUUUUUUUAUCGUCGAAGACAAAAGUUUGGUUACUACUAUUGGGAGCGAAAUGAAGAGAUCGAUUUAAAUAAUAGGAUCAGAUGGCUAGAAUGCGAGAACGCUGAUUGCGAUGGAUCUUGUGAAGAUGUAUCUAGUGAAUUCUUUAAGAAGAAUUUAGGAAGCAUAUGCAAUAAAACAUUGCCCGAUGAUCACACAGCCUCUUGGGAGAUUCUGGUCGGAAAACGUUGUUCGAGAGGUAGAUCUCGCAUCGACAGUCAUUCGGCUCCCGAAGAAUGCUUUGACACCGAUACUUGCAAGAUUCCUGUAAUAAUUCGCAUUCAUCAUUCUCUGGGCGAUGGAAUAUCUCUCCUAAGAUUUUGUUUCAAAACGAUUUUUGAUGAAGACAAGACGAAAGUAAAAAUCGAAAAUAUAUCGAUUAAUGCGAAUAAAACAAAUUUCAAAGAGCUUGUUUCACCGUUGCGUAAUUCGGAAAAAAGUCUUAUGAAUGGGACAAGAAAUUUGAAUGAGAAAAUUGUACGAUAUUUGUCUUAUAUACGAAAAUUGUCUUAUAAAAAGAAUAUUUUCGCCGUAUCUAUGUCUUUGACAACACUGUCACGAGUUUUGAAAAAUUUGCGAGGCCACUUUCUUGUGUUAUUGAAAUAUUCUAAGACUACAACAAUCGAUUCUCUAAAACGGCAAGCGAAAAUAUCAAUCAAUCAUAGAUUGAAUUUCAAAGAUUAUCUGAAACAAGUAUACGAAAAAAUUAAAGAAAUCAUGCAUUUGACAAUGAUCAUCCUUUUGAUUCCAAAAUGCAUAAUUAAACAGACUUGUAGUAUAGACAAAAACUCUCUACAUGGUCCAUCACAAACAGGUGAAAAGAUCAUAUCCUAUUGGUUAGACGAUGCUAUUGACAAAUCACAAAAGCUUUUUAUGAAGGUUCGCGAAAUAAAAAAAAGAACAAAUACCAGAUUUGAAGAUGUAGUAUUAACAGCUUUUUCUACUAGUGUACACAAGUAUCAUUUACGGAUUAAUAGACCAGCACCCGAUUCAUUAACAAUCGUUUUACCGAUAAGAAUAACAAUGCCUGAUGAAUAUAUAAUGUUCGAUAACAAUUAUUCUAUUGCUCGUCUACGAAUUUCCAUUUCCAAGGUGAAUGGACAAAAGAUCAGCGAGCCAAAUAAAGAUUCUCAAUUUUUUAAACGUCUUCAGGAUAUUACAAAAGAAAAUAAUGAAUUCAGAAAAUGUUCGGACAUAUUAAUUAAUUUUUGGGUUAUGAAAUAUUUAUUCACGAUAUUGCCAGCAAAAAUUUUGAAACUUUUUCUAUUAUGUCCAAGCACUAUGAUAUUCAGUAAUAUAUGUGGACCAGAAAAAUUUCAUACUCUCAAUAAUUACUUAGCAAGCAAUCUUACCUUUUGGCUACCAAACAAGGGUACAACUGCUCUCGGUUUGUCUCUGAUUGGUUAUGGAGGCAAUUUAAAUCUAUCUUUAAUAGCUGAUAAAUCAAUAAUAAAUGAUGAAAAAGCUUUAAUUGAAAUUUUAGAAGAUACUGUGCGUGAAAUAAAUCAUGCAUACAAGAGUAUCAUGUAAUUGAUGUGUUUUUGAAAUCAUCAAAUUUUUGAAGAAAGAAACAUCCAUGGAUCAGGGUCGCAGACCACCCGUAUCAGCCGAAUAUCUCAAAAGUGAACGCGGCAGACAAAAAUAUUUCAGACAAAAGUUGUAGCUUGAAGGAAGACAUAAGAUGGUGCCAUUAGUUUGACUUUGAAGAGUCAUCCUGAACGUCACGUGAACGUCACCACCAAUUUUUUAAAUGGGACAUCCUAUAUAUUUUUAGAUAUUCUUGUUGCUUGCCUCAAGAGGUUUCCAAAACACUAUAAUAAAGUAUUUUUUCAUUGAGUACUUUUCGAGCUAUGAGGCCUAAAAUAAUAUGUUAAUUUUACAUAAACCAUAAAAUAUCUAGCAAAAUAUUCAUUUUACGAUUAUCUUACCUUAAUACA